CGUGUUGAUGGAAGAAAUAGCAUUAGCUCGAAUCUCAUAAAUCUUCUCACUGGGAGCUUUUUGGUCUGAUACCAAAAAUAUUUGAAAACUGAUUAAAAACCUCACAUUAAGUAGCCAUUAAUAGUAUUUUCUCUUGCUUUCCUUCGACAUCAAAAACAGCUAUGUUGCUAUUUUUUCGCAAUAAAUGGAUCCAUGCAUGUAUCUUGGUCUGCCUAAUUUGGAGCAGCGAGGCACAGCAAGAUCGUAACAAAAUCAUUCUUGAAAAUGGAGCAUUUCAAAACAUUCUUAUCGCUAUACCCAAAGCGAUCGAAGAAGAUCCAAGAAUCAUCGAAAAUAUCAAGGACAUCUUCACAGAGGGGUCGUCCGUCUUAUUCUCUGCCACCAAUCGAAGAGUCUAUUUUGGAAGUAUAAAGAUCCUCGUCCCCCACAACUGGACCAGACAAGCAGAAUAUGAAGUUGCACAGCUGGAGGCCUAUGAGAAUGCUAACGUUAUUGUUACAGAUCAACAGUCUAAUCAUCGUCCUCGCGUUGAGAACCCAAUCCGUUGUGGCAAAGAAGGACUAUUUAUCCAACUGUCCAAGACAUUCCUGAUCGACUCUGAACUACGUCAAAAUCAAUUUGGAGAUUCUGGUAAGGUGAUUGCUCGUCAGUUUGCAAAACUCCGCUGGGGUGUUUUCGAUGAAGAUUACGUACCAGGAACCGAUGCUGAACCUUACUACCCAUCAAACGCUGUCACGGCUACUAAUGGAUUUGAAGGAACAAGAUGCUCUUCAGAAGUUCGUGGAGAUCUCCUUGAUGAUACUGCAUCGCCAUGUCAGAACGAUGAUAAAGGGAAUUUACCCGACUCUUGUAGAUUCGUACCUAGCAAUUUCCCGCAAUCAGCUCGGGCAUCGUUGAUGUUCGCGUCUAAUAUCUACUCGAUUGACACGUUCUGCGACAGAAAUGCAGAUGAGGGCAGGAAACAUAAUGAAAUGGCUCCUAAUCUGCAGAAUCUGAAAUGCGAUCAUCAGAGCGUUUGGGAAGUGAUGAGGAAAUCGUAUGACUUUGGAAACAGCCCUCCCUUGCCAGAGGAUACAGACACUUCACCUAACUUUAUUAUGGUUCAACCAGAGGGAACUCUUAGGAUUGUUCUUGUUUUAGAUACAAGUGGGACGAUGAAGCAAGCACGUUCAUUCACCAGUGUACUUCUGUGUGCCGAUUCUACGCCAGGCUACAUGAUGACGGACCUCUCUCGGGAACUCUCCGAUUUACCUAAUGGGCCCUGCCCUACGCUGGAUCCGGAGCCAUCCACCUCCCAACCACUGGCUGGCGGCCAAGCAGCCAAGGACGGAAAGAAGAAGAAGAAGCCGGGCAAGCAAGUUCCGUGUACCAUAACCAGACCGCCCCCGGACGCUGGGUCUAUUGACCCCCGGGAGACCUCGCGGCAGCCCCCCCUGACGCUGCACCUAUGA